GGAUGGUGGUUCAAAUCCACCUGGGUCAUCAUCAAUUUCGCUGAUAGUUGGGUCUUCAAAAUUAAAACCACAGGAGUGUCUCGUUACACAAAAAAUUCACUACUCAUCGCCUUAAAUUAGCAUAAGAACAAAGUCAGGAAUCCCACUAUCUCUAAAGUGCAUUCCUUUAACGUUUUCUUGCCCAUUACUCUGGGACUCGCUUCUUGCUUUGUUUUCAUAGUGGAGUUCCAUGACUUUAGCAUCAGCAUCACAACCAAAAUCGUAUAUAGAAUAUAUUGAAAGAAAGUCACGUGGACAAUAUCAAGAAAAUACAGCCACUUUACUUUAUUAAUUAAUCACAGCAUGCGACGGCAUGGAAUCUGGACACUUUGUCCCAACCCACGAAGGCAAUCAAUCGGUUCUAGUUUCUUUCUUUUGUGGUUUGAAUAGGCCAAUCUAUCUCUAGACAUUCCAUUCCUGCUUGUUGAAGAUCGUUGGACGAGUAGACCUUUGGACGUUAUUAUCUCUCUGUCUCACAAGAGUAGAUAUGAUCGCUCGUGUUUUGUAAAACCUGAACAUUUACUCCCACGACAAUCGGAGAUCCAGCUGCAGUCGUUAAACGCACAAGGCAGGACAGGUAGUGCGCAACAUUUUAUUUCCUCAGCAUAGCAAAACGUCACCGUACGGAUUCACCGUAACGGGAGAGUAUCAGACAAAAGAAACUCCUCACCGAUUUUCUCUCUCUAAAAGGACACCGGCCGGUCUCACUUGCACCGGAAAUCUCCGUAGCACUCGUGACAUUUUCGUGAAGAAUUAAGGCCACCAAAUCCCGCUAUAACUCUCUUGCCCUCUCUUGGAACGAAUCAGAGGAGUGAAAGAUUCGGACUUUCUUCUCCUUCCGCUAGGCUGAGGUCGGGUUGUGGUGUCAAUCAUCAUGUUUCGUCAUUGGAAUAAUACUAAUCAUGCUCAGGAGAAUGAUGAAGUGCAUUCAGUGUCGAAGGUCAAUGAGCUUAAAGCUGCAAUAGAACCACUUUCUGGACGCAUCUUACAGUAUUGUGACGAUGCAUGCUUGAGGAGAUAUUUGGAAGCUCGAAACUGGAACAUAGACAAAUCAAAGAAAAUGAUUGAAGAGACAAUUAAAUGGAGAUUGGUCUACAAGCCUGAGGAAAUCUGCUGGAAUGAAGUUGCAGUUGAAAGUGAGACAGGAAAAAUAUACAAAGCAAAUUUUCAUGACCGACAUGGAAGAACUGUUCUUAUAUUGAGACCAGGAAUGCAGAACACGAAGUCAAUUGAUAACCAGAUGCGACAUUUGGUAUAUCUCUUUGAGAAUGCUGUCCUCAACCUUCCUGAGGAUGAACAAAUGGCAUGGUUGAUCGACUUCACUGGAUGGUCUAUAACCAACAAAGUUCCCAUCAAAUCAGCACGAGAGACGAUCAAUAUUUUACAAAACCAUUACCCUGAGAGGCUAGCCAUAGCAUUUCUCUAUAAUCCCCCUCGGAUAUUUGAGGCAUUUUGGAAGAUUGUCAAGUAUUUCAUUGACGCGAAAACAUUCCAAAAGGUGAAGUUUGUGUAUCCCAAGGAUACCGACAGUGUAGAACUCAUGAGAUCAUAUUUUGAUGAUGACAAUCUUCCAACUGAAUUUGGGGGAAAAGCCGUGCUGAAGUAUGACCAUGAAGACUUUUCGAGACAAAUGGUCCAAGAUGAUCUGAAAACUGCUGCCUUCUGGGGACUGGAUGACAAGUUGCGAAGCAUUAGUAAUGGCCAUAAUGGAGCCGAAGUGGCUCCAGAACCAGUUCUGCUUGCAUCUCCAACUUCCUAAGCAUCCCCAUUUGAACUAAUAAUAGUAUUGCUUCAUUGAUUCUCUGAGAACCAUAGUGGCAGCUGGAUCUUUUUUUUUUAUAAACAGCUAGGUUUAGUCAUGAAGGCCAAGACUUUAAUUUUAGUAUCGGAGUUUAAAGCCAGCAUGCAAGGUUUUCGACUCAUGUUGACCUCUAUAGUCUCUGGACUGUAUCUUGCCCCUGUCCCAUGUCCAUCCAACUUUGAAUGAAUAUGUAAUGACUUCUCUUCAGUGUAGCCUUGCUAUUUGACACCGGUGUUUUAUAUACCGAAUUCAACUGGGUACCGGCCGGUUCACCUGUACGAUUACAAAUAAAAACCGAGAUAUAGUGAGAAUUGAACUUGGACAAUCAAGUAGAAAAUCAUACUUCUAACCACCAAAAGCAACAUAAUUUUGUUAUUUUUAUCUUUGGCAGUGUAUAUAUUUUAUCUUUGUAGCGCUCAAUAAGUUGAACUGGUUAUACAGUAGUCAGUAUAUCAGUCGCCUAACCGGUAUAAUUCUGAUACCGGAAUUUAACACACUGUUUGUCACUCUCCAGAUGCCAAAUUGUUCUUCAUUAACUCAAUCUCUUCAUCCAACGUACUGGUGGGAUGAUAAAAACAUAGCAAAAAUACUUGCUCAGUUGCUUUUUUAUAUACACUAGGCUUAAAUUCAAAGAGAAGGAAAUAAGCAAACAAUGGCAUUAGUGGCAAUCACCAAAGAAGCCAUACUCAACUUGGGUAGUUGGGUUCAUAAAAACCAGUUUUAUUUACAGGGAAAUACAAGCCAAAAUGUGCAACACUCGACAUCAAUAUGAGCUGACUGCUCUCUCUUCUCGUUCCAAUCCAUUUAGGGAGCCGAUUACUUAUAUACCCUUUCUUCUAAACAAGCACCAUGACUCAUUUAGAGAUCAGUUCAGAGUUCAGACAGGAAAUACAUGCAAAGAAAGGAGGGGGAAAAAAAGGCGAAAAAAAA